AAAAACAGAACCUCUAUAUAAACUGGCGUAAUUCAAGCACAUAUACAAGAAAAGCUCUCUCUAGCUCGCUCUCUCCGACGCUGUGUAAGUUGGUGAUCUGGUCGCUCUUCCCUCUUCAGGUGUCGCGCCGUGCGAGAGAUUUGGCUUACCUCUGCUUCUUCUUCGUGCUAUCGUCAGGCCAAGGAAGUAGACAUGGUCAGAAAGAGAGAUCGAUUUUGGGAAUAUGUAGAGCUUCUGGAUGGCAAAUUUAAGUGCAAGUUUUGCAACAGAAAAUUUGCCGGCGGUGUUCCGAGAGUUAAAUCGCAUUUAUCUGGACUUAAAGGCUGUGGUAUAGAUAUAUGCACUGAGGUCCCCGAAGAUGUUCGAGUUGCCGCUGCUGAAGCAAUUUCUUGUCAUAAUAAGAGAGCCAAGGCUGAAGCCUGUUCAAGUAAGACGGAAGAGACUUCACUAAAAAUGCAUAUUGGUAAGGACCGCGUUAUACUGGAUAAAUUGCUUGCUAAGUUCAUCCUGUUGAAUGAUGUCGAUGUCGACAUUGUGCGGAGGCCAUCCUUCGUUGACUUUGUGAAUGCUGUGGCUGAACAUGGUUCCCCUUAUAAGUUGCCUUCUUGUUCGUUAGUUAAAACAAAGUUAGUGCCUGAUUUGGAAAAACAAAUUGGAGAGCAUGUGGCAAAUGUGAAGAAAUCAUGGGUUAAAACUGGCUGCACGCUCGUGUUUGAUCUUUGGCAUGAUAAGGAGAGAUCCUUCAUUUAUAUCUUCGCUUAUUCUAUUGAAGGCGUGGUACUAUUGAAUGCAUUGGAAGUCCCUAAUGAGUUUCCAUUCCGUUUUCCACCCAAUUUGCCGUGGGAGAUGGUAUCUUUUUUCACUCAAGAAAUUGGGGUCAACAAUGUUGUGCAGUAUAUAAGUGCUGGAGAAGAAAACUUAUUUCAAGUUAUGCGAAAUAACAACCAUCCCCAUGUGUACAAGACUAGUUGUGUUACCCGUGAAAUAAAUUAUCUCUUCAAGGAUAUUUGCAAUAAUAACCAAUGGGUUCGAAAGGCAUUUGAUCAAGCAAGAGCGGUCGUCACUAAGAUUCACAAGCAUGAUGGUAUCUUAUCAUCGAUGAAGCCGUUCACAAACAUCCGGGAGUUGAAACAAUCAUCAACAACAAAAUUUUACUCAGACUAUUAUAUGCUUCAAUCAAUCAUGGGGAUUGAAAGUGAGCUGCGAUUGCUUGUUUCGUCAUCUGAGUGGCCUUCGUUGGGUUUUGAAAAGGACGAAUCAGGCGUGGAAGUUGGUGAAAUCAUUCAAAGUUCUGAAUUUUGGAGUGAAGGGAAAGAAGUCUUGGAUGCUCUAAAACCGAUAUUUCAAGUACUCUGUCUAGUUGAUAGCUACGGCGCUACUUCUGGGUUCUUGUAUGCAGCUGUAAAAAUGGCAAAUGAUGCUAUUGAACAAUUAUGCGAGACUAAUCAAUUUAAGUAUGGGCAUUUGUUGAGGCUUUUCAGGGAAUGGACGGAUGAUGUCAUCCAUCCAAUACAUGCUGCUGCUGCUUUUCUUAACCCUGCUUACAUGUGCAGCGAGAAGUUUAUAGAGAAUGCUACAAUGAAAGAGGGCAUAGAUUUCAUAAUGGAAAAUUUGCUAGGUGGUGAAGAAAAGAAAAAAUUUGUGGAAGAGAUGCUGCAAUAUCGUAACAAAGCGCCAAAGUUGUUCACUUGUACAGCAAUGACAAUGUUAGAAACAUCUCACCCUUGUGACUGGUGGGACUAUUGCGGUGAUGCCCUUCCUGUAUUGAAGAAGUACGCAAUUAGAAUCCUAAGCCAACCCUGCAGCACUUCGAUCUGCGGGCAGAGUUUGAGUGCACUUGAAACUGCCCAAACUGAGAAGAGGAAGCCAUUGAUGCCUGCAGUGACGGACGAUUAUCUACAUUUGAGGACAAAUGCGUUACUGAUGGAGAAUUUCAACACAAUGAAAGAAAAAAUUAGGAAGCCACUUGAUCUUGAGAAACUCGGUGAACUCCCUGAUUUUACAGAGUUUAUCAAUGAGAAUUUCACUCGUGAUCUAUUGGACGAGAUCAAAGUUCCUUCAUCAUAUGGAAAGCUAAAUAGUUGGUAA